GAGACCAAUAAGGGGGAAUAGACGACAGCAGUUUGAAAUUGGACUUAUAAGGAAUAAACGUUAUCAGAUGCAAGAACCAGAAAUGGACCAGGAUGAAAACAAUAUCCAGGAAGUCAGCCCAGAUAGUGAACUGGCAGCAGCAAUUAUGAAGAGGCAAUUUCGCCCGUCUCUCAUUAAAACAGAAGCGUGGGAAGGGUACAUCUUCGCUGACAUGGAGAUUAAAAUUAAAGAGUCAACAGACUGCUAUGGUGCCGUACUGUGGCCCUCGGCAAUGGUGUUGUGUCAUUUCCUCGACACUCACCGUGAUGAAUAUAACCUCAUGGAUAAGAACAUUAUUGAACUAGGAGCCGGGACGGGUCUUGUUACUAUAGUAACCAGCCUUCUAGGAGCAAAAGUGACAUCCACAGACCUGCCAGAUGUUCUGAGUAACCUGAGACACAAUGUGAACCGUAACACCAGGGGGCGCUGUCGCCAUCAGCCACAGGUGACUGAACUCAGUUGGGGCAAACAGCUGGAGGAAAGCUUCCCACAUGUGUCCUGUCGGUACGAUUACAUCAUUGCAGCGGAUGUUGUGUACGGCCAUCCUUACCUCAACGAACUCCUGGACACCUUCUUGUACCUCUGCUCCGACAACACCGUGAUCUUAUGGGCCAUGAGGUUCCGUCUGGACCCAGAGAACAGCUUUGUGGACACAUUUGAGAAACAUUUUUGCCUGCAAGAACUCUACGAUCUGCCCAGUCUGCAUAUAAAGCUGUACAGCGCACGCAAACGGCGCAAAGACACAACAUAGAGUGCAUUUGAAACUAGAAUUGGACUGUUUACAUUUUUAAAGCAUGGCCGGUACUAAGAUGCAACAUUUGGGGGGGCAUUUUUAACUUAAGGGUGGGCUCAUGG